UAUGAAUACUCCUGACCAAGCACCUAAUUACGGUCAACGCCCCUGAUUUGCUGAUGGGAUUAAUGCGUGAACCAAUGAGGUGACCUUUUAGAUGCUGAGAUGAUUAAAUGACUUUUAUACAGUACGCCUCUUUCUCCUCUCUUCUGAUUGGGCGCCGGUGAUGUCAGUCAUCACGCAACAUGGCGGACGUUGAAUUGCAGCAGAGCUGGUGAGGGGGAGCCGGAGAAGCAGGAAUACAGUGAGAAACCGCGGAGGGAAGGCUGCAUUUGCAGCCCGGCAGAAAGAGGAAAGGAUGCCGUCUCCUUCUUUUUCCCUGGAUGCCCAGCUGAGGUUCCACGACAAAUGGCUGAAGAUAGAUCUGCAGCGUGCAUUCUCUUCAGAGGGACUGAGUGAGAUGUGGAAUGAAAUGGUAAAGGAUGAAGAGAUUGUCUUUGACAGAGAGGAAUCUGCCUAUCCAGAGGACUCUGCAGAUUGUGCUGGUGCCCAGAAGAAGGAUGAGUCCAAUGAUAAGGAGAAGAAAGAGGAAGAGGAGGCGUCGUUGUCGUCUGUCCAUCAUUCAAUCAUUGAGACCUGGGAUUGGGGGCGGCAGCCAGAUGAGGUGGAACUAAUUGACUGUCGUGCUGUACUGGUGGACGACCAGCAGAAACUGGCUGCACAGACAGCUAAAAGCACUUUGUCCGCGCGACGUCUGAGCCAGCGGCUGCUCAUCCUGGAACGCUACCUCAUCUCCCUCACUCACAGCAUGAUGGAGGAGAGGUAUAAAGUUCGGUGGAAGAGUCCCCCCAGCCCCCCGCUGCCCACGGUGGAUAACAAAAGCACUCGUCCUGUCAGUAAAGGAGUGGAGGGUUUGGCUCGAGUCGGGUCAAGGGCUGCUCUUUCGUUCGCUUUUGCUUUCUUGCGCAGAGCUUGGAGGUCUGGUGAUGAUGCAGACCUGUGCAGUGAGCUGCUGCAGGAGUCUCUAGAUGCUUUGCGUGCUCUUCCAGAGGCCACUCUGUUUGACGAGGGUACAGUGUCAUCUGUCUGGCUAGAAGUUGUUGAGAGAGCUACAAAAUUCCUCAGUGAUGUUCAUGGAGGUGGAAGCAGCAAAACCCCAACCAGCAUUCCACUGCAGGACCAGCACCUGGCCCUUGCGAUUCUGCUGGAGCUAGCUGUUCAAAGAGGCACACUCAGUCAGCUGCUGUCAGCAGUGCUGCUGCUGUUGAGGUUGUGGGACAGUGGAACCAGAGAGAUGGAUAAUGAGCGAUCCAGCCAGGGCACCAGUGCUCCCUUACUGCCGCUUCUGCAGCGCUUCCACAACAUCCACAGCAGCAAGGAGGAGCCAAUUCAAGAAGAGGAGGUUGAGAUACUGUCUGCACCACUGAGCCCGAAUGAGAGUUUCCUGCGCUACCUGACCUUGCCCCAAGACAAUGACCUGGCCAUUGACCUUCGACAGACAGCUGUGGUCAUCAUGGCCCACUUGGAUCGCCUGGCUGUCCCAUGUAGCCCUCCACAGUGCAGCUCACCCACCUCGGGCAAGGACCAUGGCCCUGUGCAGGGUACAUUGCAGGAGGUGAUUGGCUGGGGUCUGCUGGGAUGGAAGGUUUAUGCUAACGUGAACGGACCAAUCCAGUGCAAGGCUUUGUCCAGCCUGGGCGUAACCCAGAUUGUGUGCUCAGAGAAGGGAUUUCUCAUUCUGUCCAUCUCUGGUGCCGUCUACACCCAGAACUAUAAAAGUACUACCCUGUCGCCUAUGUUAGUGCACGGGCUGUCAUCCAGGAAGAUAGUGAAGCUGGCAGCUCACCCAGAAGGCCAGCACUACUUGGCUCUUUCAGCCAAUGGAGAGGUUUUCUCCUGGGGCUGUGGAGAUGGAGGUCGCCUGGGACAUGGAGACACCACGUACUUGGAAGAGCCCACCAUGAUCGCGGCGUUCUCUGGGAAGCAGGUUGGGAAGCAUGUGGUGCACAUAGCCUGUGGCAGCACCUACAGUGCUGCUAUCACAGCAGAUGGAGAGCUGUUCACAUGGGGCCGAGGCAACUACGGCAGGCUGGGCCAUGGCUCCAGUGAGGAUCAGACCACCCCCAUGCUGGUGACUGCUCUGAAAGGGCUGAAGGUGAUAGAUGUGGCGUGUGGAAGUGGUGAUGCGCAGACACUCUCUGUCACAGAGAAUGGCCAGGUGUGGUCGUGGGGUGACGGGGACUAUGGGAAGCUGGGCCGCGGGGGCAGCGAUGGCUGUAAGAGCCCUAAGCUGGUGGAGAAGCUCCAAGAUUUAGAUAUAGUGAAAGUGUGCUGUGGCAGCCAGUUCUCUGUGGCCCUCACCAAAGAUGGGCAGGUGUAUACCUGGGGCAAAGGUGAUAACCAGCGUCUUGGCCACGGCACUGAUGAGCAUGUCCGCUACCCCAAACUGCUGGACAGUCUACAAGGUAAAAAGGUGGUGGAUAUAGCGGUGGGCUCCACACACUGCCUGGCCCUCACUGAGGAUGGAGAGGUACACAGCUGGGGAAGCAAUGAUAAACUACAGCACUUUGACACUCUCUUCUCCAACAAGAAGCAGCCCAAAGCCCUGCCAGGCCUCAACUCCAAACACAUAGUGGGCAUCUCUUGUGGCCCAGGCCAGAGUUUUGCAUGGUCCUCCUGCUCGGAGUGGUCAGUGGGGCUCCGUGUUCCAUUUGUAGUGGACGUGUGUCCCAUGACUUUUGAGCAGCUGGACUUGCUGCUGCGGCAGGUCAGCGAGGGCAUGGACGGCAGCUCGGACUGGCCACCACCACAAGAGAAGGAGUGUAUGGUGGUGGCCACACUCAACCUGCUCAGACUACAGCUCCAUGCAGCCAUCAGUAAUCAGGUGGACCCAGAGGAGCUUGGGCUGGGGCUGGGCAGCAGCCUGCUCAACAACCUCAAGCAGACGGUGGUGACGCUGGCCAGCAACGCCGGGGUGCUGAACACGGUGCAGGCAGCCGCACAGGCUGUGCUCCAGAGUGGCUGGUCAGUUCUACUGCCAACUGCAGAGGAACGAGCUCGAGCCCUCUCCUCACUGCUGCCCAACGCAGCCUCUGGUAAUGAGAUGAGUGUGAGUCCAGGUCGCCGCUUCAUGAUUGACCUUCUGGUCAGCAGUCUAAUGGCAGACGGGGGACUGGAGUCUGCUCUUAACGCUGCCAUCACAGCUGAGAUCCAGGAUAUUGAGGCUAAGAAGGAGGCCCAAAAAGAAAAGGAGAUAGACGAGCAGGAAGCCAAUGCGUCCACACUGCAUCGCUGUCGCACCGCUCUGGAUAAAGACCUCAUAAACACCGGCAUCUAUGAGUCUGCAAGCAAGCAGAGCUUACCACUGGUCCAGCUCGUUCAACAGCUUCUCAGGAAUAUUGCAUCACAGACUAUAGCACGGCUGAAAGAUGUGGCACGGCGCAUUUCAAACUGCCAGGAUGCAGAGCAAGUGAGUAAAGAGCGCUCUGCUUCCCUGGACCUGCUUCUACGCUUUCAGAGACUUCUGGUCUGCAAGCUCUAUGUGGGAGUCAACGGCACUGUCGGAGUUGGUGGAUACACUUUAAGUCAUCCUGAGAUUUUGGGAGUGGGCUCUUUGUUGAAGAAGUACAUCGCAUUGCUGUGCACACACAUUGGUGACAUCCUGCCUGUGGCCACCAGCAUCGCUUUCAACAGUCAUCGCCACUUUGCAGAGGUGUCCCGUGUCAUUGAGGGAGAUCUUACUGGUGUGUUGCUCCCCGAGCUGGUGGUGUCCAUCGUGCUGCUACUAACUCUGGAUGCGAGCCUGAUGCAGGAGACUGGUUCCAUCCCUUUGCUGGCUGCUCUGCUGGAACAUCUGGAUCGCUUUAACCACCUCGCCCCAGGCCAUGAGAGAGAUGACAGUGAAGAUCUGGCCUGGCCUGGUCUCAUGGGGUCUUUUUUCAAUGGGCCGAGCUCAAAGAACAACGAAGAGGUUUCUCUCAUCCGCAAAGCCGACCUGGAGAACCACAACAAAGAUGGUGGCUUUUGGACGGUCAUUGACGGGAAGGUCUAUGACAUUAAGGACUUUCAGGCCCAGUCUCUUACGGGAAACACUAUUCUUGCUCAGUUUGCUGGAGAAGAUCCUGUGGUGGCUUUAGAGGCUGCUCUACAAUUUGAAGACACCAGGGAGUCAAUGCAGGCUUUUUGCGUGGGACAAUAUAUGGAACCCAAUCAGGAGACCGUGACGACACCGGACCUGAGCAGCCUGUCCUCUCCUCUUAUAGACACUGAGAGAAACUUGGGCCUGCUGCUUGGCCUGCAUGCCUCCUUCCUGGCCAUGAGCACACCACUCUCUCGAAUAGAGAUAGAAUGUGCCAAGUGGCUCCAGUCAUCAAUCUUCUGUGGCGGUCUGCAGACCAGUCAGAUCCAUUAUAAUUAUAAUGAGGAGAAAGAUGAGGACCAUUGCAGCUCUCCAGGGACCACUACACCUGACAAAGCCAAACUCUACUCCCGCAGAAUCACCCUCAGCGACCACGCACAGCCCUUUCUGCAGGCUAUUGCUGAUAACACUACCCAGGACCACACUGUGAAGGACUUUUUAUGCCAAAUCGAGCGGUGCUGUAAGCAGUAUCAUCUCAUCACACCCAUCACUUUCCCGCCAGAGCACCCUGUGGAGGAAGUGGGCCGCCUGCUGCUCUGCUGCCUUCUUAAACACCAGGACCUCGGUCACGUCGCCCUCUCGCUGGUCAAUCAAUGUGCCUUGGCUGUGGACCAGGGGAAACAAAGGUCCCUCCCCAAAUCUGUGAUUGAUGUGUGUCGCAUGGUGUACCAGGCCAAGUGCUCUUUAAUCAAGACCCAUCAGGAGCAGGGCCGCUCCUACAAGGAAGUGUGUGCUCCUGUGAUCGAGAGGCUGCGAUUUCUCUUCAAUGAGCUGAGGCCUGCUGUCAGUAAUUACCUGUCCAUUGUGUGCAAGCUGAAGCUGUUGAGCUCGCAGCCUCGCUGGAAAAUGAUCACCCGGAAGCUGAUCAGGGAGUGCAGGAAAAAGAGAGUGCCUAAGAAGUCAGAAUCUGCUGAUGUGGAGGAGUGUAAGCAGGAGAGGGAGAGGGAAGGGACCAAUGAGGAGGAACCUCCACCACCCAUAAGCCCCACACCCGUAGACAAGAAACAAAUCACCGUCAAAUCACCUAAGCAGGAUAAGUGGCAGCCCCUGCUCAACACUGUGGCCACUGUUCAGAAAUACCGCUGGUUGAAGCACAGCGUGCAGAGCCCGUGCUCUCAGUCCAGCCUCAUGGGUACCAUAGUGGAGUUCGCUCUCAAAGAGGAACCUCUUGAUGUGGAGAAGAUGAGGAAGUGCCUUCUUAAACAGCUGGAACGAGCUGAAGUGAGGCUAGAGGGCAUAGACACCAUGCUGAAACUAACAUCCAAAGGCUUCCUGCUGCCCUCUGUACAGUAUGCCAUGCUGUGUGGCUGGCAAAGGGUGAUCCCUGAAGGGCCUAAUAUAGGGGAGCCUCUGUCGGACUGCCUGAAAGAUGUGUACCUCAUUCCUCCCUUUAACCGCAUGUUGCUGGAAGUCACCUUCGGUAAACUGUACAGCUGGGCCAUCCAGAACGUCCGCAACAUACUGCUGGAGGCCAGCGUCAAAUUUAAAGAACUGGGAGUGCAGCCUGUGCCUCUGCAGACAAUCACAAACGAGAACCCAGCAGGGCCAAGUUUGGGCACCAUUCCUCAGGCACGUUUCCUCCUGGCCAUGCUUCAAAUACUGACCCUCAAACAUGGAGCCAACAGCCUCAGCUUGCUGCUCAACUCAGGCGCGCUGGCCCUAACACAGAGUGUUCUGCGUCUCAUUGGUCCCAGUUCAGACAGCACGGAGGAGGAUCUGAGCUCUGGUGUUCAUGGAGGCUCAGCCACAGUACUGGAGGAGUCUCGGAAAGAGACCGUCCCCGCUCCCCUCCCUGCCUCUGGCCCUGAGCUGGCUGCCAUGAUGAAGAUUGGCACCAGAGUGAUGAGGGGACAGGACUGGAAGUGGGGUGAUCAGGAUGGCCCUCCUCCAGGUCUUGGGCGAGUGAUUGGGGAGUUGGGGGAGGAUGGCUGGAUUCGGGUGCAGUGGGACACCAGCAGCACUAAUUCCUACAGGAUGGGCAAAGAAGGCAAAUAUGACCUCAAACUAGCAGAGCCUCCUCCUGCUACACAGCCUGCUAUGGAAGAUUCUGACACAGAGGAUGAUACUGAAGGAGAGGUAAUGGAGAAGAGUACGCACCCCACGGCCGUUAUGUUGACCAGCACAGUGAAUCUGCUGAAGACUCUGUCUCUUUCGGCUGGAAUUCAUGCGGAGGUGAUGCAGACUGAAGCCACCAGGACUCUGUGUGGUCUUCUUCGCAUGCUGGUGGAGAGUGGCGCCAACGACCCGACUGGUUGUCCAUCUCACAGGCUGGUGUCUCGAGAGCAGCACAGGAGUUGGUGUACUUUGGGCUUUAUCCGCAGCAUAGCGCUCAUGCCUCAAAUGUGCAGCACUCUGAGCUCCUCUGCAUGGAUCAACCUGCUUAUACGCAUUGUGGAGGGCCACCAGUCUUUUACAGCAAUCACAUUACAGAGACAGAUCCUGGCACUCCGGUUACUGCAGGCAGUGCUGCCGUCCUGGGAUAAGAUGGAGCGCUCCCAAGAUAUGAAGUUUUUGGUGGAGAAGCUAUUUGGCUUCCUGGGCAGCCUUCUCAGCACCUGCUCCUCAGACCUGCCACUGCUCAGAGAGGGUUCUCUGCGUAGAAGGAAGUCUCGCCCACAGGCCUCUUUGACAGCCACUCACAGCAGCACGCUGGCGGAGGAGAUUGUGGCUGUUCUGCGUACGCUGCACUCUCUCAACCAGUGGAAUGGCCUCAUCAAUGAGUACAUUAACUCUCAGCUCAGUGGCAUUGGAGACGUGAUGGCUGGACGUGUGUCGGAAGCGACACUGCUGGAGGAGUACUUUCCAAAUGCAGAAGCUCCGGUAGUGGGCAGUCUAAUGGCUGUGCUGGCGGUGAUCGGUGGAAUUGAUGGACGUCUCCGAUUGGGUGGUCAAGUGGUCCAUGAGGAGUAUGGGGAGGGCACAGUCACGCGCAUCACUCCUAAAGGACGAAUCACUGUGCAGUUUUACGAAAUGAGGACGUGCCGAGUGUGUUUGUUAAGCCAGCUCAAACCGCUGCCUGUAUUGUCCUUCAGUGUUCAGAACCUGCCCUUUACAGAGCCUAUGCUGGCUGUGUGGGCUCAGCUUGUCAACCUGGCAGGGAGCAAGCUGGAAAAGCAGCGCAUGAAGACAUCCCUCAGCAGAGGACUUGCUGCAGACCAGGUGGACUUGCACUUGCUGCGGUGUCAACAGCUGAGACUGUACAUCCUAAAAGCUGCACGGGCAUUGCUCUCCCACCAGGACAAACUCAGACAGAUCCUUUCACAGCCGGCUGUUGCAGACACCAACCCUAACCCCAGUGAGGAACCGGUUGUGUCAUCUCCUGAUGUAGGAGAUUUGUCCCCAGAGGGUCCUCUGCCUCCUCUUAUCCUCCUCCAGCAGCUGCUCUCUGCUGCUACUCAGCCUUCACCCAUCAAAGCAAUCUUCGACAGGCAGGAGCUGGAGGCUGCAGCUCUGGCUGUGUGUCAGUUCCUGGCAGUGGAGUCCACUCACCCCUCAUCUCCGCUGUUUGAGGAGAGCAGUUCUAGUGAGGCCACCACUCCAGUCACUGUACAGCAUGUUCGACCUCCUAAGCAGAAGAAACACAAGACUUCUCCCGUGCCUCCAGCACCCAUAGUACUGCAGCUUAUGGAGAUGGGCUUCCAGAGGAAAAACAUUGAGUUUGCCCUUAAAUCCCUAUCUGGAACCACUGGCAGCGCCUCUGGAGUUCCAGGUGUGGAGGCGCUGGUGGGCUGGCUGUUGGAUCACCCUGAUGUGCACGUCACAGAGCUGUCUGAUGCAGACACUGUGUCUGAUGAGUACUCGGAUGAAGAAGUGCUGGAGGAGCUGGAGGAGCAGGAAGCAGCUUUUCCUGUGCCUCCUGGAGUUGUGGUCACAGAGAGUCAGACAUUUAAGAAGAGGUCAGAUUUCCAGAGUAAUGAUGACUAUGCUGUGUAUGUAAGAGAGAACAUUCAGGUUGGAAUGAUGGUGAAGUGUUGCAGGACGUAUGAAGAAGUGUAUGAGGGAGAUGUUGGGAAAGUGAUCAAGCUAGAUAGAGACGGCCUGCAUGAUCUGAACGUGCAGUGUGACUGGCAACAGAAAGGAGGCACCUACUGGGUCCGCUACAUCCACACUGAACUGCUGGGAUUUCCUCCUCAGAGUUCUCCAUCUCACAUUAAGAUCGGAGACAAGGUGCGGGUCAAGCCUACAGUCACAACACCAAAGUACAAGUGGGGCUCUGUAACACACAGAAGUGUGGGCACAGUUAAAGCUUUCAGUGCCAAUGGGAAGGAUGUGAUCGUUGAUUUCCCACAGCAGUCCCACUGGACAGGCUUGCUCUCAGAGAUGGAGCUGGUGCCUAGUGUACAUCCUGGGGUCAGGUGUGACGGAUGCCAGAUGUUCCCCAUUAACGGGCCCAGGUUUAAGUGCCGGAGCUGCGACGACUUUGACUUCUGUGAGAGUUGCUUCAAAACCCGUAAACACAACCCCAGACACUCAUUUGGACGGAUAAAUGAACCAGGUCAGUCCCCAGCCUUUAGUGGGCGCUCAGGAAAGCAGCUGAAGAGACACCACAGCAGCCAACGAGGCAUGCUUAUAGACGAGUGGUCCAGAGCAGUGAAGAACCUCAACGUGUCCUCGUCAGUUAACCAGGCCUCAAGACUUAUAGACUGUGGAGAUCAGUGCUGGCAGUCCUCUGGUUCUCAGGGCAAGCACUGGAUCCGAUUGGAGCUGUUCCCGGAUGUUUUGGUGCACAGGCUGAAGAUGAUGGUGGAUCCAGCAGAUAGCAGCUACAUGCCUUCCCUGGUAGUGGUGUCAGGUGGAAGUUCCUUAAACAACCUGAUUGAGCUGAAGACCAUCAACAUUAACCCUACAGAUACUACUGUUUCCUUGCUAAAUGAUUGCACUGAGUACCACAGGUACAUAGAGAUAGCCAUAAAGCAGUGCCGGAGCUCAGGGAUCGACUGCAAGAUCCAUGGGCUGAGCAUUGUGGGUCGUAUCCGCGCUGAGGAUGAAGACCUGGCAACCGUGCCUUUUCUGGCAUCAGACAAUGAAGAGGAGGAAGAUGAUAAAGCAGCCACUGGAAGCCUCGCUAGGAAGAGGUCUUCAGGGCUGGAGUCUGCUGCCUCCAUUAGAACCAAAGUGUUUGUGUGGGGUCUUAACGAUAAAGACCAGUUGGGUGGUCUCAAAGGUUCCAAAAUCAAAGUUCCGUCGUUCUCUGAGACGCUCUCAGCUCUGAAUGUAGUCCAGGUGUCUGGAGGCUCCAAAAGCCUAUUUGCAGUAACUGCAGAGGGAAAAGUCUAUGCGUGUGGGGAAGCUACCAAUGGCAGGUUGGGCUUGGGACUAUCCAGUGGUACUAUACCGAUUCCUCGUCAGGUCUCUGCCCUCAGCAACUACGUGGUGAAGAAAGUUGCAGUACAUUCAGGUGGGCGCCAUGCCAUGGCUCUGACGGUAGAUGGAAAAGUGUUUUCUUGGGGCGAGGGAGAUGAUGGCAAACUAGGGCAUUUCAGUAGGAUGAACUGUGAUAAGCCAAGACUGAUUGAAGCACUGAAGACCAAGAGGAUUCGGGACAUUGCCUGUGGCAGCUCCCACAGUGCAGCUAUCACUUCCAGUGGAGAGCUGUACAGCUGGGGUCUUGGCGAAUACGGCCGGCUUGGGCAUGGAGACAAUACCACCCAGCUCAGGCCUAAACUGGUUAAAGUGCUGUUGGGUCACAGAGUUAUUCAGGUGGCAUGCGGAAGCCGUGAUGCUCAGACUCUGGCUCUUACAGAUGAAGGACUGGUGUUCUCGUGGGGAGAUGGAGACUUUGGGAAGUUGGGCCGUGGGGGAAGUGAGGGCUGCAAUAUCCCUCAGAACAUUGAGCGGCUGAACGGUCAGGGAGUGUGUCAGAUUGAAUGUGGAGCUCAGUUCUCCCUCGCUCUCACCAAAUCAGGAGUUGUCUGGACCUGGGGGAAAGGGGAUUACUUUCGUCUGGGUCACGGCACAGAUGUGCACGUGCGGAAGCCCCAGAUGGUGGAGGGAUUGCGAGGCAAGAAGAUCGUUCAUGUUGCUGUGGGGGCCCUUCACUGCUUGGCAGUCACAGAGACUGGACAGGUAUUCGCCUGGGGAGAUAAUGACCAUGGGCAGCAGGGUAACGGCACUACCACAGUGAACAGGAAACCCACACUCGUUCAGGGCUUAGAGGGUCAGAAGAUCACACGUGUGGCGUGCGGCUCCUCUCACAGCGUGGCCUGGACUACCGUCGACGUCACCACACCCUCCGUCCACGAGCCUGUCCUCUUUCAGACUGCAAGGGACUCACUGGGAGCCUCUUAUCUUGGUGUGCCGUCAGACAGUGACCCGUCCUCGCUGAGUAAUAAGCUAAGUGGACAGAACAGCGUGAAGCCCAACCGGCCGUCUCUGGCCAAGAUUUUGCUCUCUUUGGAUGGAAAUCUAGCUAAGCAGCAGGCUCUCUCCCAUGUGCUGUCUGCUCUGCAGAUAAUGUAUGCCAGAGAUGCAGUGGUGGGAGCCCUGAUGCCAGCUUGCAUGAUGCCGGUGGAGUGUCCAUCCAGCUCUCCUGUGCCCCCUUCAGACUGCUCAUCUGCCUCUAGUCCAUCAGAGGCUGAGGGUCCCACUCUUUCUGCUGACGCAGAGGAUCGUAUCAGCCCUAAUCCCUGGCAGGACAGCAAACGAGGGGAGGUGACCUCAUCUGAGGAUGCUAUUACUCCGUCGUCGGCUGUGACGCCCUCUGCAGCUGCAGCUUCAUCCCGACCCUUCAUCCCAGUCACAGAUGAUCCCGGGGCAGCCAGCAUCAUCGCUGAGACCAUGACCAAGACCAAAGAGGACUCGGAGUGCCAGAACAAAGCCGUAGGGCCUGAGCCGCAGUAUCUGGACGAGUUCACAAGCCUGCUGGUGCCUGAUGACACUCGGGUGAUGGUGGAUCUGUUAAAGUUGGCAGUGUCUCUGCGUUCAGGCGAGAAAGGAAAAGAAGUGCUGUCUGCUGUCCUGUCAGGCAUGGGCACUGCCUACCCACAGGUGGCUGACAUGCUGCUGGAGUUGUGUGUGACUGAGCUGGAGGACGUGGCCACUGACUCUCAGAGUGGUCGUCUGUCCUCCCAGCCUGUGGUGGUGGAGAGCAGUCACCCAUACACUGACGACACCUCCACCAGUGGAACAGUUAAAAUACCAGGUGCUGAAGGACUGCGUGUGGAAUUUGAUCGACAGUGCUCCACAGAAAGGAGGCAUGACCCUUUGACUGUCAUGGAUGGAGCCAAUAGAAUUGUAUCUGUUCGAUCAGGCCGUGAAUGGUCAGACUGGUCCAGUGAGUUGAGAAUUCCAGGAGAUGAGCUAAAGUGGAAGUUCACCAGUGACGGCUCUGUGAAUGGCUGGGGCUGGCGCUUCACUGUGUAUCCCAUCAUGCCUGCUGCUGGUCCUAAAGACCUCCUGUCUGACCGCUGCAUCCUGUCCUGUCCCUCUAUGGAUUUGGUUACCUGCCUGCUGGACUUUCGUCUUAACUUUGCAUCCAACCGCAGCAUUGUGCCCAGACUUGCUGCUUCCCUCGCAGCCUGUGCUCAGCUCAGUGCUUUAGCUGCUGGACACCGCAUGUGGGCCCUGCAGAGAUUACGUAAACUCCUGACUACUGAGUACGGACAGUCUAUCAACAUAAACCGCCUGCUUGGAGACAGUGAAGGAGAGGCUCGUCCAAUGAGUUUUACAGGCAGUGCCCUGGCUGCCCUGGUGAAGGGGCUUCCUGAAGCUUUACAGAGGCAAUAUGAGUAUGAAGACCCCAUCGUCAGAGGAGGCAAACAGCUUCUUCACAGUCCCUUCUUUAAGGUACUGGUGGCACUUGCUUGUGAUCUGGAGCUGGACACUCUGCCCUGCUGUGCUGAGACCCAUAAGUGGGCGUGGUUCCGCCGUUACUGCACUGCCUCCAGGGUGGCUGUGGCUCUGGACAAGAGAACACCCUUGCCCCGCCUUUUCCUGGAUGAGGUUGCUAAGAAAAUUCGGGAGCUGAUGGCAGACCAUGAAAACAUGAAUGGACUACAUGAAAGUCAUGAACUGUUUAAGAGGGAGCAUGAUGAACAGCUGGUACAGUGGAUGAACAGACGACCAGACGACUGGACUCUUUCAGCAGGUGGUAGUGGAACCAUCUACGGCUGGGGCCACAACCAUCGGGGCCAGCUGGGUGGUAUUGAAGGUGCAAAGGUCAAAGUUCCCACACCUACAGAGGCCCUGGCCACACUGCGGCCUGUUCAGCUCAUCGGUGGAGAGCAGACACUAUUUGCAGUCACUGCUGAUGGGAAGCUGUACGCCACAGGUUAUGGAGCUGGAGGACGUCUGGGCAUCGGAGGCACGGAAUCGGUCUCUACCCCAACCUUACUGGAGUCCAUCCAGCACGUUUUCAUCAGGAAGGUGGCGGUGAAUUCAGGGGGGAAGCACUGCCUGGCACUGUCCUCAGAGGGAGAGGUCUACUCCUGGGGAGAGGCAGAGGAUGGCAAACUGGGUCAUGGGAACAGAAGCCCGUGUGAUCGCCCGCGAGUAAUCGAGUCUCUGCGGGGAGUGGAGGUGGUGGACAUUGCUGCUGGAGGGGCGCACAGCGCCUGCAUCACAGCCAGUGGAGAACUCUACACCUGGGGUAAAGGACGCUACGGGCGGCUCGGCCACGGAGACAGCGAGGACCAGCUCAAACCUAAACUGGUGGAUGCUUUGCAGGGUCACAGAGUGAUUGAUGUGGCAUGUGGAAGUGGCGAUGCUCAGACUUUGUGUUUGACCGAUGAUGACAUGGUGUGGUCGUGGGGGGAUGGAGACUAUGGAAAGCUGGGCCGGGGAGGCAGUGACGGCUGCAAAGUGCCUAUGAAGAUUGACUCUCUAACUGGAUUGGGGGUGGUGAAAGUGGAGUGCGGAUCUCAGUUCUCUGUAGCUCUCACAAAGUCUGGAGCUGUUUACACAUGGGGAAAAGGUGAUUAUCACAGGCUGGGCCACGGUUCAGAUGACCACGUCCGCAGACCUCGGCAGGUCCAGGGUUUGCAGGGCAAAAAAGUAAUCGCCAUCGCAACCGGCUCCCUCCACUGUGUGUGUUGCACUGAAGAUGGUGAAGUCUACACGUGGGGUGAUAAUGACGAGGGGCAGCUGGGUGAUGGGACCACCAAUGCCAUCCAGAGGCCCAGACUGGUGGCAGCACUGCAGGGCAAGAAGAUCAACAGGGUAGCCUGUGGCUCUGCUCACACUCUUGCCUGGUCCACUAGCAAGCCCACCAAUGCUGGCAAGCUCCCUGCUCAGGUUCCUAUGGAGUACAACCAUCUGCAAGAAAUCCCCAUCAUGGCUCUGAGGAACAGGCUGCUGCUGCUUCACCACAUCUCUGAGCUCUUCUGCCCCUGCAUCCCCAUGUUUGACCUGGAGGGACGCCUGGGCCAGACUGGGCAAGGUCCCUCUGUGGGCUUUGAUACACUCCGGGGCAUCCUCAUCUCACAGGGCAAGGAGGCUGCGUUCCGUAAGGUGGUGCAAGCUACAAUGGUAAGAGACCGGCAACACGGGCCAGUAGUGGAGCUCAACAGAAUACAGGUAAAGCGUUCUCGAAGUAAAGGUGGUCUAGCUGGGCCAGAUGGCACCAAGUCUGUGUUUGGGCAAAUGUGUGCCAAGAUGAGCUCCUUCAGCCCUGACAGUCUCCUGCUGCCUCACCGGGUCUGGAAGGUCAAGUUUGUAGGUGAGUCAGUAGAUGACUGUGGAGGAGGCUAUAGUGAGUCUAUAGCAGAGAUGUGUGAGGAGCUGCAGAACGGUCUCACUCCUUUGCUUAUCGUCACUCCUAACGGCCGAGACGAAUCUGGAGCCAACAGAGACUGCUUCCUGCUCAACCCAGCCGCCAAGAGCCCUCUCCACAUGAGCAUGUUCCGCUUUUUAGGAGUGCUCCUGGGUAUAGCUAUUCGAACAGGCAGUCCGCUCAGUUUGUACCUUGCUGAACCUGUGUGGAAGCAGCUUGCUGGCAUGAAUCUGACAAUCGCUGAUCUCAGUGAGGUGGAUAAGGACUUCAUCCCUGGCCUGAUGUAUAUCAGAGAUAACGAGGCAUCAGCAGAGGAGUUUGAGGCCAUGCCGCUGCCCUUCACUGUGCCCAACGCCUGUGGUCAAGAAGUGCAGCUCAGCUCCAAAUACUCGCACAUCAGUCUGGAGAACCGUGCAGAAUAUGUGCGCCUCGCAAUCAACUACAGGCUGCAUGAGUUUGAUGAGCAGGUGGCUGCAGUGAGGGAGGGUAUGGCCCGGGUGGUGCCUGUUCCUCUACUCUCUCUCUUCACAGGCUAUGAGCUGGAGACCAUGGUUUGUGGCAGUCCUGACAUUCCGCUGCAUUUGCUGAAGUCUGUAGCCACUUACAAGGGGGUGGAGCCCACAGCUCCACUCAUCCAGUGGUUCUGGGAGGUGAUGGAGUCCUUCUCCAACACGGAGCGCUCACUCUUCCUCAGGUUUGUGUGGGGACGCACGCGACUGCCCCGGACUAUCGCAGAUUUCCGAGGACGAGAUUUUGUGGUUCAGGUUCUGGACAAGUACAACCCCCCAGACCACUUCCUCCCAGAGUCGUACACCUGCUUCUUCCUGCUCAAACUGCCUCGUUACUCCUGUAAGCUGGUCCUGGAGGAGAAGCUGAAGUACGCCAUCCAUUUCUGCAAGUCCAUCGACACUGACGACUACGCCCGCAUCGCUCUGAGCGGUGAGCCGGCAGCCGACGACAGCAGCGACGACUCUGACAACGAGGACGCCGAUUCCUUUGCCUCUGACUCCACACAGGACUACCUAACCGGACACUGACGUCUGCGUGUCACUCACACACACACACGGCCACGCACACUCUCGCGCACACACACUCCCCUUUCUGAAGAAGGAUGGAUCCCAUGGGGAGUCAUAAUAUGCUGCCAAGCAAUGAUAAGAAACAAAUACACACACAAAAAAAGAACUGAUGACUGAUGAUGUUUUAAGCUCACUGAAAUACACACACAAACACACACACACAUGUACUACCGUGACUAAAAUGAAGAGACUAUCUUUAUGUGCAAUUAGCUUUGAAAGCACUACAAGCUGGUGAAGAUUUUUUUUUUGUUUAUUUUAAAAAAAAAGAGAGAGAGAGAGAGAGAGAGAGAGAGAGAGACACAGGUCGAGGGGUAAAACUGCACACAUGAAUGUUUGUAGAUGUUGUGUUUAUAUAUUUUAUGACUGCGGACAGACAGGCCGCCUAGCCUAGCACUGUGGUAGACGACCCCUGACACUCUCUGUGCAUCCUCCCUCCCCCCCAAAUGCCCCGCUUUAUCCUAUCAUUUAAAAAACAUCAAACAGCAUUUCCUCAUCCUCCUUCUCAAAAAAACAAUUAGCAGUAUUUCUUUCUAAGAAUCUUUUUAACUUUGAACUGUAAGAGUAGUGCUCAUUUGACUCAAUGACUCAGUUUGUGUCAAUGGGAGCUCGUUCAGGGGUUGUUUUUAGGUCGUCGGUCACUGUAAUCAGUUUCCUCCUCCCCUCCAUCUCAAUGUGUGUCUGCACUGGCUUCCUGAUGGACUGUAAAUAAUAAUAAUGAUAAUAAUAAUAAUAAUAAUAAUAAUAAUAAUAAUAAUAUUGUGCCAUGUGUUCAUAAGAUGUCUCAUUCCCGUGUAAUAAAUAAAUGUUAAUAAAUUUCUGUUAAAAAAAUGAAA